CUCCUCCCUCCAGCCUCUCCGUCAGAGGGAGAAGGGACGGGGGCCUGGCCUUGGGAGUGGUCAGCCAGGGCCUCUCCCUAUAGCCUUGGCCGAGCUCGGCCACCUGCCUUGGCCAACAGCCCCUCCCGAUGCUCGUACUGAGCUCUGGCCUGACCCCCGCAAACCGAGACCACCCCACCCCCACCGGGUCAGCUCUGCCCGCCUCAGUCCCCUGAUCUGCCCUGUGGCUCAGCCGGCCACACACCCCCCUGCUGCCAGCAUCAUGGUGGCGGCGGGGUCCGGGACUCCAGGUCGGGGGUGGCAGCAGCGAGCGGAGGCGUCGGGCCAGGCGGGCGCGGGCGGCCGAAGCGAGCACCAGCAGCGGAGGCAGCGAGAGGAAUCCCGACACGAUGAGCGCCGCGGAGCCCCGGUUGCCAGGUCAGACCUCCACCCAGACCCCAGCAACCAGAUAGUGGACUCAGCUGGAGGGCAGGACCCUGGUCCAGGCCUCUCAAGCUCACCAGCACCCCUCAGACACGUAGGGAUGCGGGACGAUGACAGCGACAUGCACAGCUUGUUCAAGCGACGCGGUUGGACACGCCGGCCAGGACAGCUGCUGAGGCCCCCUGCAAUGCACGCCAAGCCCUGCUGCCCAGCACAUGUGCAAUUGAACUGCUUGCUCUGGUGCACGUGUGUGAAGAUUUCACGGUCCUCCACUCAUUCGUUCACUCACUCAGCAAGCACUCCGUUGAGCUCCCGCUGUGCGCCAGCCACGAUGGACGCCUGUGGAUUCAACGCGGAGGGAGGCCAACAGAAGCCUCUGCCUGUAGCGGGACAGCUCUUUGCAGGUCACUGAGCAAGCUGCAGUGCCCAGGCCAUGGCAGAAGCUGGAGGGACAGGCCCCACGGCCCACUCUCACUGCCUUCUGCCUGUGGGGAGGCCACCAGGAGGCAGUUUCUAGCUUCCUUGGCUCUGAUGAGGGACAGGAUGGUGCUCGGGGGCCCCCAGGGCGCGGCUGCAGCACAGAGGCUGCUCCUCAGCAACAGGGUGCCCCUCCCACCCCGUGUCCUCGUGCCCCUGUCAUCUGGCCCUGCUCCUUUCAGCGUCUUCCUGGGUCAUCCUGUGGGGACGGUGCAGAGGGCUGACACCCUUGCUUUUCUGGCUUUUGCCGGCUGCUUAACCAGUAAACUGUCUGCGUCCACCCAGAACACCUUGCUCCUUACGGAACGAAUCUGCCAGCCUGUGUGACGUGCUUUCACGAAGCCCUCAUUCUAGAAGAGGGGUGACCGCGGCUUACGGGAUGGACUCUAGGGUCUCUGAGCCCCGGGAGCAGGACCUGACAGAGGCAGGGGCAGAGCAGGAACUGCGGUGGUUGGAGCUGGGCUCCGAGGAGGCCCCAGGAGCUGGGACGGAGGGGCCCAGCGCCCCACAGGCCUGGGGGCGCUUGCUGAAGGCCGUGUGGAAGGGUCACGUGGGCCUGGUGACUCAGCUGCUGCGGCAAGGGGCCAGUGUGGAGGAGAGGGACCACGCGGGCAGGACCCCGCUGCAUCUGGCCGUGCUGCGCGGCCACGUGCCGCUGGUGUGUCUCCUGCUGCAGCGCGGGGCUCGGGCCAUAGCUGCAGACCGCGCGGGGCGCACUCCACUGCACGAGGCCGCCUGGCACGGGCCCUCGCGGGUGGCCGAGCUGCUCCUACGGCGCGGGGCGUCGGCGAAUGCGCGCUGUGGGGCCGGUCUCACGCCGCUGCACUGGGCCGCCGCGCUGGGCUGCACGCUGCUGGCCAGGCGCCUGCUGGACGCACCGGGCCCAGGCCCCGCGGCGGUGGACGCGCACGGCUGGAUGGCGACGCACUGGGCGGCCGCGGGCGGCCGGCUGCCGGUGCUCGAGCUGCUGGCGGCGGGCGGUGGCGCGGGCCUGGACGGCGCCCUGCUCGUGGCGGCCGCGGCCGGGCAGUCGGCAGCGCUGCGCCUCCUCCUGACGCACGGGGCGCAGGUGGACGCCCGGGACGGCGCGGGGGCCACGGCGCUGGGCGUCGCGGCCGACCUGGGCCGCAGGCAGGACAUGGAGGUGCUCCUUGAGCACGGGGCCGACCCAAGCCUCAAGGACAGGCACGGCCGCUCUGCACUACACAGGGCUGCUGCCGGUGGACAUCUGCUCGCCGUCCAACUGCUGGCCGCCUGGGGAGUGGAGGUGGACGCUCGGGACACAUUGGGCCUCACCCCGCUGCACCACGCUGCCCGGGGAGGCCACAUGGAGGUCGCCGGCCACCUCCUGGCCAGGGGCGCAGAGGUCGACGCUGCUGGCUGGCUCCACACGACCCCCCUGCAUCUUGCCGUGGAGCGCGGCCACGGCUCCACCGCAGAGCUUUUGCUGAGCCGAGGGGCCAGCCCCACCCGGAGGACACAGUGGGGGGAGGUGGCCCAGGACCUGGGGCCUGCCGUCUGUGGAGAGCAGGAGGAGCCCCAGGGGCCCCAGGGCUGCAGGGCCAGAACAGAGCCAAAGGCUGUAGGCUCCCACGGCCUUCAGGGCGCGCAGGCUCCUCUCUGCUGGUCUGAGGCCGGCUGCCAGGGUGCACGGGAGAACACCCCAGAGGUCCCUGGAGAAGAAGGAAGCAGUGGCUGGAGACCCAGCAAGAAGCGUGUGGCUGACCUGGAACCAUUCCAGACUCCCAGGGCCAUGUCAGCCCUGCAGCUCCAGCCCUGUGCACGCUCUUUGGCGGAGAGACUGAGUCGUGGCCACAGAACUGACCAAAACCCGAUGGGCUCCUGUUUGUCCGUCCCCCAUCGGGGUGUCAGCCUCGGUGCUCCCCCCGGGCACACCGGCACUCUUACUGUGUUUCCUUAGAUUCAGUAUUUGUCUCUUGGCACCCACUCACUAAUGACAGGGCCAAAUGAAUGGCCAGUUGUUCUCCUCUCCCCUGCCAUCCCAACCCAUGCCCUGAACGGCUGCCUUCUCUCACGUGCCCAGCUGACAUCCCCCUGCCCGAAGUCACCCAGGGCCAGGCCUGCCUAUGUGCACCAAGGCCCACUGGAUUAUCAAACAAACCAAUCAGAAACUGUUUCCCUGCCCUGCCUUUCCCGCGGGAACCCCAAUAAUGGCCUGAGCCUUCCCCGGGCCCCUGCUCUUGUCUCCCGACCGACCCUGCUGCUUCCGCCUGUGUCCCUGUGGGGCGUGGUGUGCCCUCCCCUCAGGAAAUGUAAAGCAUAAAAAUCUGCUUUCAGGAGCUUCCCUGGUGGUGCAGUGGUUAGGAAUCCGCCUGCCAAUGCAGGGGACACAGCUUUGAGCCCUGGUCCGGGAAGAUCCCACAUGCCGCGGAGCAACUAAGCUCAUGCGCCACAACCACUGAGGCUGCGCUCUAGAGCCUGCAAGCCACAACUACUGAACCCACGCGCCUAGAGCCCAUGCUCUGCAACAAGAGAAGCCACUGCAAUGAGAGGCCCGUGCACCGCAACGAAGAGCAGGCCCCGCUCGCCACAACUAGAGAAAGCCUCCGUGCGUGGCAACGAAGACCCAACGCAGCCAAAAAAAAAAAAAAAAACACACCUGCUUUCAAUAGCUUUAGCCUCUCCCUGUCAUCACUCAACCAUCUCUGUAAAUUAAA